CCUAAAAUUAUUCAGACCAGACCGAGAAACGCUGAAGUAUCAAGGAGGUAGAGAUUUGCAGUCACUGGAAAACUGGAUGUUGCAGAAUCUAAAAGAGAAAUCUGCUGAGCCAGAAUCUGAAUUGGAGUCUCCAGAAGAUCCUGAAUCAAAGAAUGGCCUGUACGAACUCUCAGCAGCUAAUUUCAAAACACAUAUAGCGCAAGGCGGCCACUUCAUCAAAUUCUUUGCUCCCUGGUGUGGCCAUUGCAAGGCACUGGCUCCAACUUGGGAGCAGCUGGCUCUGUUCCUUGAAAAUUCUGAAACGGUCAAGAUUGGCAAGGUGGACUGUACACAAAAUUCGGAAAUCUGCUCCACGCACCAAGUACGAGGCUACCCAACACUCCUUUGGUUCAAAGAUGGAGAAAAGGUAGGAGG